CGACAAAAGAAAAAUGUAGAGAAUUCGUACAACAAGCGAAAUGAAGGAUAAUCAUCACUUUGUAUCAAUUAUUUUCCAUAAUGGCUGUCGUUCUCUAUAUAGCCUCUUCCACCUGUCAGCGAUAGCAUCUUCAACUCAAUAAGCAACCUUUAUUUAUCAUAACAAUUUACUACCAUGUGGGGUUAAAAAUACCUUUAAUCUYUAUUCAAUCUUUUAGCGGGCUAUUACGUUGCGCUUGUCUUGAUGACUGACUUGACUUGGCACAGUUUUAGAACUAUUUUACGAUACAUCAGUCUGGGUUGUACCGACAAGGUCAGCAACAUGCUAACUGAAAUCUGAAAAAUUGAUGCCAUCAUGGACCAUCAUGCACGAACAAUUACGCUAAAAUGAUUCAAACGAGUGUAAAAAUCAAUAUAUAWAGUGAUUCAAGGCAGCAGAAGUGGAGGAUAAAYCCGUUCAAGAACGAAUACGUCAUUAACUGGAAGUUAGAUUGCAUAACAACUGGGCGAAACCCUUCGCCGGCUUUCCCUGAAUUUCUUGAUUUACGCGAAUAAGCACAAGACUCAGAUUAAAAGAUGUCAAGAGGGUUUGUUAACUCUAGUUUACUAAAAGAGUCAAGUAUACAAAGUAAUGAUAGUCAURUURUGUAUUUCUCUGUCAUGGUGGYGAUUCUCACCGUUGGUUUUAUUGGUAACACGUUAACUAUUAUUGUAUUUGCGCAAAAAGAACAUCGAUCAAAAAUCAUUUCUCCUUUCRUUAUCAAUCUAGCUGUGGCGGAUCUUUUCAUCGUUGUAUUUGGCUACCCUUUUGCUUUUGGUAGUAACAUAUCAAAUGAGAAACUCUUGGCAGGUUCUAGGAGAUGUGACUGGUCGGCAUUUGUCAAUGGCUCUAUUGGAAUUGCAUCCAUCGCUAUUUUAACCGAAAUGAGUUUGAUAAUGUGGUAUAGUAUCACUACAAUGGUUGUUAUCAAGAAAAAACAUUUCCCUACAAAGUUUAAAGUGUUACUCAUCGGUAUUGCAUGGGUUUACGGUGUUUUAUCUAUGAUCCCACCAUUGCUUGGAUGGAGUAGGUUUGUUCCAGGRUCAGCAGGAAUUAGUUGUGCUCCUGACUGGACAUCGACUAGCAACGAGACACUAUCGUACAACAUUUUAUUGAUGUUGGUUGGUUUURCUUUGCCAGUAACAGUUACUGCGACUAGUUACAUCAAGCUGUAYAGGUGAAUAUUAUAACAUGUACCAUUUUGACAUGAGCCUAAAAGAGAUCUUUUAUUGAUUUUAAUCGAACCAUAACUGUCAAUAAUUUUAUCUAUCAUAAAUUCAUUCUAUUAAUUAAUCAAUCAUGCAAAAAGCCAGAGUGAAACAGACAAAUGAUUGACCCUGAAGAAUCRUGACCAACAAAAACAGASGACGUACAUGUAUGUUGUCAGYUAUGCCGUAAAAUCGCURAMAUAUUCACUGAAUUGCUUAUUUAGAUCUCUGAUGUCAAAUAACUUAUUGGAYAGACAAUUCCAAAACAUGCCAUGGCUYAUUUGCCGCCGUAAGUCCCAGGUGAAUGUCGCUCGUAUGGUUGCUUUAUCGUUCAUUGCGUUUUUGCUCAGUUGGUCGCCAUAUUGUUUCGUGUGCCUUGCAGCAAUGUUUCAAAAUACGUAUGCUAUCAAAGAUGGUGAGGCUGAAAUCCCUGAACUAAUGGCMAAAGCAUCAGUGCUUUACAAUCCGUUYAUUUACGUAGGAAUGAAUAAAGAUGCUCGAAAAACACUCUCGAAUCUAGCGUUACGUAYCCUGCRUCAAGCAAGAWCUAGAAGUAMGCUGUCGAUAGUUUCAAGGAGGUCCAAAYUCAGUUACGUAACAUGGAAUUACCCAGAAGUCAUUAGCAUCAAUAAUAACCAAGCAACGUCUACUUGACUUCAUUUCUAACAGUUAAACAAACUGAAUCAAUCAGUUUGGUCUGUUAAUUGUAAAACGCGCUUUCUUAGUUGAUUGCAUUGCUCAAAAAUAGCCUCAAUAAAAAAUAUGUCAACAUGA